UGCCUGCCUUUGAGAGCCCUUUCCCUCCAGCCAAGCCUGCUCGCAGGUGGCCAUGACCUCAGUGCCCACUGGAACCCCUGGGGACCCCGAUUUGCUUUCUGGGCUGCCGCCAGCCAGCUCCACUCCAGCCAACCAGAGCGCAGAGGCCUCGGAGGGCAAUGGGUCCGUGACCAUUCCCCGCGCUGCAGCAAUCACACCCUUCCAGAGCCUGCAGCUGGUGCACCAGCUGAAAGGUCUGAUCGUGAUGCUGUACAGUAUCGUGGUGGUCGUGGGGCUGGUGGGCAAUUGCCUGCUUGUGCUGGUGAUCGCGCGAGUGCGCCGGCUGCACAAUGUGACCAACUUCCUCAUCGGCAACCUGGCCUUGUCCGACGUGCUCAUGUGCGCAGCCUGCGUACCGCUUACGCUGGCCUAUGCCUUUGAGCCUCGCGGCUGGGUGUUCGGUGGAGGCUUGUGCCACCUGGUUUUCUUCCUGCAACCGGUCACCGUCUAUGUAUCUGUGUUCACACUCACCACAAUUGCUUUGGACCGCUAUGUCGUUCUGGUGCACCCGCUACGUCGGCGCAUCUCGCUGAGGCUCAGCGCCUACGCGGUGCUGGGCAUUUGGGCGCUAUCCGCAGUGCUGGCGCUGCCGGCCGCGGUCCACACCUACCAUGUGGAGCUCAAGCCCCACGACGUACGCCUCUGCGAGGAGUUCUGGGGCUCGCAGGAGCGUCAGCGCCAGCUCUAUGCCUGGGGACUGCUGUUGGGCACCUAUUUGCUCCCUCUGCUGGCCAUUCUCCUGUCCUACGUCCGGGUGUCAGUGAAGCUGCGGAACCGUGUGGUGCCUGGCAGCGUGACCCAGAGCCAAGCCGACUGGGACCGGGCACGUCGCCGCCGGACCUUCUGCCUGCUGGUGGUGGUGGUGGUGGUGUUCGCUGUCUGCUGGCUGCCGCUGCACGUCUUCAACCUUCUUCGGGACCUGGACCCUCGUGCCAUCGACCCCUACGCAUUCGGGCUGGUGCAGCUCCUCUGUCACUGGCUCGCCAUGAGCUCAGCCUGCUACAAUCCCUUUAUCUACGCCUGGCUGCACGACAGCUUCCGGGAGGAGCUGCGCAAGAUGCUGCUCUCCUGGCCCCGAAAGAUUGUGCCCCAUGGCCAGAGCAUGACCGUCAGCGUGGUCAUUUGAUGUCACCUUGCUAGGCCUGAGCUGGGGAGCUUCAUAUCCCUUAGUCCCAUGUGAGACCUAUUCCCAGCACCAGAGUUAAGUCAACA